CUCACGCAGUCGGGGCUGGGUCUGCUUGCUGCUUACAAGGAGAGCUACUCUUGAAUUCAUGGUGGUGCAGUGCUAACCUGAUUUUUUUUUUUCCUUUUCAUCCUUUUUCCUCUUGCUUCACGCACAAGAAAGGCUCAUGUAUUUUUUAUAAACAUGAUGGGUUUUGUGCAUUUAAGGAGUUUCCUUUUUCUGGUGGUCUCCAUCGCUCACGUUUUGAUUGUUACAUGUCAAGACGCAACUAGUGGAGAUGAUAUGAGCUGCACGGCGGACGGCCAGGUGUACAGCAACAGGGACAUCUGGAAGCCAGAGCCAUGCCGGAUGUGUGUGUGUGACAACGGCCAAGUCCUCUGCGACGAGAUCCAGUGUGAUGAGCUGAGUAACUGCGACAAGGUGGUGAUCCCCGAUGGAGAGUGCUGCCCCGUGUGUGAGAGCGGAAUCUCCACCGACGGGGGCCAGGGCAGCUUCGGAGGUGGUGGUGGUGAAGAAAGAGUCUAUAAGGGUCAGAAGGGAGAACCCGGGGAAAUCCCACUGGUGACUGGUAUCAGAGGCCGCCCUGGACCUAUGGGGGGUCCGGGCUCAUCAGGAGACAGAGGAGCUCGUGGACACAAAGGAAGGCCUGGACUGCGGGGCCCCCAGGGUUAUGAUGGAGUGCCAGGUAUACCAGGUAUGCCCGGUGAGGUUGGACCCCCAGGACCCCCAGCCCAGCCAGGAGGCCUGGGAUCUCAGAUGGCCGGAGGCUUUGAUGGGAAGCACGGACCUCAGGCCAUGAUGAGCGGCUCAAGGGGAGAGUCUGGAACAAGGGGCCCCGCAGGGCAAAACGGAAACGCUGGUCAAUCUGGACCCCAAGGACCUCCUGGAGAAGUUGGGGAACCAGGGCACAUGGGUACGUCUGGGCAGAGGGGACCUGAGGGCCCUUCAGGGAAAGCAGGUGAAGAUGGAGAAGCAGGAAAAGGAGGAAACAGCGGAGAUAAUGGAUUCCCUGGAUCAGCAGGAUCCAGAGGAUUCCCAGGUACUCCAGGGCCUCCCGGUCUGAAGGGUCACAAGGGCCAUGGUGGAAUAAUCGGACAGAAAGGAGAAACUGGAACUCUUGGAUCCAAGGGUUCUACAGGGCCUCCUGGUCAAAUGGGAGGACCUGGACCCAUGGGUCCUGCCGGCAUGCCUGGUGAGAGAGGACGCUCCGGACCCGGCGGUGUCGCUGGUAAACGUGGAGCACUUGGUAACUUGGGAAAGCCUGGUCCAAUGGGUCCGCUGGGGCUCAGUGGGUCAUCUGGAUAUCCAGGAUCUCCAGGAAUGAAGGGACAAGCUGGCCCCACAGGGGUCCGGGGGCCAGAGGGCCCACAAGGACAGAGAGGAGAGACCGGUCAUCUGGGCAGAGCUGGACCAGCCGGCCUCAGGGGACCCCUGGGUACAGAUGGAGGCACCGGUAACAAAGGACCAGUGGGUAAUCUGGGUCCACAAGGUGCAGGAGGCCAUGCUGGACCCCAUGGCCCCCCAGGACCUCAGGGGAGCACCGGGCAGCCUGGUAUCAAGGGACAACUGGGGGACGUUGGCAUCGGAGGGUUUAAAGGAGAGUUUGGACCCAAAGGAGAACCAGGUCCUUCAGGCUCCCAGGGACCGCUCGGACCUCUGGGUGAGGAGGGAAAGCGAGGACAACGUGGAGACUCCGGCUCUCUGGGCCCCUUAGGUCCCGUCGGAGAGAGAGGAACUCCUGGUAACAGAGGAUUCCCGGGUGCUGACGGUCUGCCAGGACCGAAGGGUGCUCAAGGAGAUCGUGGAAUAUCUGGCCCCCCAGGGCCAAAAGCUGCAGUAGGAGACCCAGGGCGUCCAGGAGAGCCUGGUCUGCCUGGUGCAAGGGGUCUCACUGGAACCCCCGGAGUCCAGGGAGCAGAGGGCAAGCCAGGUCCACUGGGAGCCCCAGGUGAAGAUGGUCGUCCAGGCCCCUCAGGGUCCAUCGGAAACAGAGGGCCCGCAGGAAUCAUGGGAGGACCGGGCCCCAAGGGCUUCAAUGGGGACCCAGGAAAGACCGGAGAACUAGGGUCUGCAGGAGUGUCAGGUCAAAGAGGUCCUCCUGGGAAAGAUGGAGAAGUUGGCCCAGCUGGCCCCUCCGGCCCAGCUGGAGUCGCGGGAGAAAGAGGAGAGCAGGGACCUCCAGGUGUAAAUGGAUUCCAGGGGUUGCCUGGAAAUCAAGGCCCACCUGGAGAAUCUGGAAAGCCAGGUGACCUGGGUAUUCCUGGAGAGCUUGGUACUGUCGGACAAAUUGGACCAAGGGGAGAGCGAGGUACACCCGGAGACAGAGGAGAGAUGGGGUCUACAGGCCUGCAGGGACCUAAAGGCAUCCCUGGUGCACCUGGUCCUGAUGGUCCAAAGGGUGGUCCUGGUCCUGCCGGGGCCCUUGGUGACGCGGGACCUCCAGGUCUGCAGGGGAUGCCAGGAGAGAGAGGCAUCUCUGGCUCCCCCGGGCCCAAAGGUGACAGAGGAGCCCUCGGUGAGAAAGGGUCAGAGGGAACAGCUGGGAAUGACGGUGCAAGAGGAGGUCCAGGUCCUGUCGGCCCGCUAGGACCUGCGGGACCCAGCGGUGAAAAGGGAGAGCCCGGACCCAAAGGACCACACGGACCCGCAGGUUCCAGAGGAGGGCCAGGAUCAAGAGGAGACCCCGGCCCCAUCGGUGCUGUUGGAUUUGCUGGAACUCCUGGUCCUGACGGCCAACCUGGAGUGAAGGGAGAGCCUGGAGAGCCAGGCCAGAAGGGAGAUGCUGGAUCACCAGGACCCCAAGGCUUAUCCGGUGCUCACGGUCCUCCUGGGCCAACUGGCGUUGCUGGACUGAAAGGAGGCAGAGGAACUCAGGGCGCACCUGGCCCCACUGGUUUCCCCGGAUCUGCAGGACGAGUCGGCCCCCCAGGCCCCACGGGUCCACUGGGAGAGCCCGGACCCCUGGGAGCUCCUGGUAAAGAGGGUCCUGCUGGGCUCCGUGGAGACAAUGGAUCCAACGGCAGACAAGGAGAGCAAGGACCAGCCGGACCCUCCGGCAGCGCCGGAGACAAAGGGGACUCUGGAGAGGACGGACCCACGGGUCCAGAUGGUCCCCCAGGCCCAGAUGGAACUACAGGACAGAGAGGCGUUGUGGGUCUUCCUGGUCAGAGGGGGGAGCGCGGGAUGCCCGGCCUCCCAGGAACCGCGGGUCCUCCAGGAAAACAGGGCUUGACAGGACCCUCAGGGGACAAAGGCCCCUCAGGACCAGUCGGUGUACCAGGUGCUAACGGACCUCGUGGGGACCCUGGCCCUGAUGGCUCUGCAGGAUCCGACGGGCCCCCAGGCAAAGAUGGAACUCUGGGACAAAGAGGAGACCGAGGAGACUCUGGUCCAGAGGGUCUGAUUGGUUCUCAGGGACUCCCCGGCACCCCAGGCCCUGUGGGGUCUCCGGGUGAUGCCGGCAAGAGAGGAGAGGCUGGCUCCAGAGGACCCCUCGGCCCCCCUGGCUCCGCGGGGAAGAGAGGAUUAGUGGGACCCCAAGGACCAAGAGGAGAUAAUGGUGACCUGGGAGACCACGGAGAGAGAGGGCAGAAGGGACACCGAGGCUUCACCGGUCUGCAGGGACUUCCUGGACCUCCAGGUACAACAGGAGAGCAGGGAGCUUCAGGAAUCGUCGGACCAGGAGGAGCCAGGGGACCUCCAGGACCCACCGGGCCCCACGGAAAGGAAGGGUACAUCGGACAGCCCGGACCCAUGGGCCCUCCUGGAACUCGAGGACUGAGUGGAGAAGUUGGACCUGAGGGGCCUCCAGGAGAGUCUGGACCCGCUGGACUCCCCGGCCCCCCAGGACCCCCCACUGCUGCCGGAGAUUACCUCUUCAGCGGCCUUCACGACUACGACUCCGGCCCUCCAGAGUUCAGCGAGGACGAGGCCAUGCCCAACAGCAACGGCUCCACCAUCCUGGCGGUGGACCCCGGCGUGCAGGCCACCCUGAAGGCCCUCAGCAGCCAGAUCAGCAGCAUGAAGAGCCCCGACGGCAGCAAGAAGCACCCGGCCCGCACCUGUGACGACCUGAAGAGGUGCUACCCCGCCAAGACCAGCGGUGAGUACUGGGUGGAUCCAAACCAGGGCAGUGUGGAGGACGCCAUCAGAGUGCACUGCAACAUGGACACUGGAGAGACGUGCAUCGCUGCCAACCCAGACAGCAUCCCCCGGAAACAGUGGUGGAGCACCUCCAGGAACAAGCCUGUGUGGUUCGGAGCCGACAUGAACCGCGGAACACAUUUCAUUUAUGGCAACAAAGAUCAGCCGCUGAACGCCGUCACCGUUCAGAUGACCUUCAUCCGCCUGCUUUCCAAAGAGGCCUCUCAGAGCAUCACCUACCACUGCAAGAACUCUGUGGGCUACAAGGACCAGAAGAAUGGCAACCUGAAGAAGGCCGUGAUCCUGAAGGGCUCCAACGACCUGGAGCUCAAAGCAGAGGGCAACAACCGCUUCAGAUACACCGUGGUGGAGGACUCCUGCUCACAAGCGAAUGGCCAGUGGGGCAAGACAGUGUUUGAGUACAGGACACAGAAAACGUCCAGACUUCCUAUCGUGGACUUUGCCCCCGUGGACAUUGGCGGCCCGGAUCAAGAGUUCGGCAUGGACAUCGGGCCCGUGUGCUUCUUGUAAAACGGUCAGCGGGGACUGGAGGAGAAUCCUGAGACUGUUGAACUUGACAGCUGAGAGAUCAGCCACUUUGUACAUACGAGUACUGAGGACUAUUGUGGCCGGUGGCAGGAUAUUUAUUGUGCCUUUAACCCAGUUCAAGACAUCGAAGAUUUGUAAGUUACAAUGAAUGUUUGGGAUUUACUUAAAACAAUUGGUAAGAAUCAUUCCUCUGUGGUCUUGUUCGGCUCACUACGGUGCUCCUAAAGAUAUUUCCCUUUUAAUUUUAUUUCACAAAGCAACAUUGCCAAAGAUUUAUGAAUAUGAAAGCAUUAAAGUAGUAAUAAACUGCUGUUUAUAGGCGUAGAGAAACCCCACUGAAGCCAAAUGUUGUCCCGCUACUUUUUUACAGAUUUGUCUAUCUUUUUAUUGUUUGUACUGUUUGCAUAUACAACAACAUUGUGGUGCUAUUGAGGAAACGAAUAAAGCCGAUGAUGCGUUCACUGGCGCCGGUAUUUUCUCAAGACAGUUUGUGUAUUUUAAAACUCUGUGUGUGUAGAUCAUUAAAGACACAUUAAGACUGUCCAUUCCUCAGUGUUAGCUACCUCGUCACCGAUGACACUACAUGUAAAUCUUCUUUCACAGGUGCUGUUUGUAAGUAGUGUGAUCCUCGUGCGCUCCCACCGGCUGCGCGCCACAGGGCGGGGGGGUACAAUAAAGAUCUUUCUGUCGACGACGGAGAGACCAAUAUGGUGUCGUGUGAGUGGUGUGUGGUGAUUUGUAACUUUUAUUUCCCCUUUCAAUUCCAAUGUCCUACAGUGAAAGCUUGCACAGAUUUUCUUUUAUGCAUGUCAGUUCCCCCUUUUCCGACACGUAUAUGCUCUUGAACUCUUUUUUAUAACCAGUUUUAUAGAUUAAGGUGGCUGUGAGUGCAUUUGCUUUGUAUUUCUUGCUAUGCAACAAAUUAAACAAACUGCUUGUUAAUCCC